UGUAGGUGUAGAGAGAGAGAGAGAGAGCUUUUUAGUUUUUAUUAUGGGGCAGUGUCAUGUCUGUUUUAUUUUCUAUUCUUUUUACGCUUAAAAAUGAAGGCAAAGCAAAACCAAAUCAGAGACAGACAGAUUCGUUCUUUUCCGUCAAUGUAGAUGGGAAUGAGUUUGAGCAACAGUAAUUAAUUUGUGAAAUAAACAUGGAUGAGGCUUAAAAUAGAAUAACAUGGGGUGGGGAUGACGGAUGAGAGAGUCCCCACACACCGACCCUCUUAAGUCUGCGAGAUAAGAAGACCUGAGAGCCCUGAGAGACCCCCCACUACCUCGUCGCAUACAGAGAGAGAGAGAGAGAGAUCUCUAGAGAUAGAGAGAGAUAGAGAGGUGGAAAUAAUGGAUAAAAGCUGUCAUUCCUCUGGUGACUCUACCAUCACUACUAAUACCAGCAGUAGCACUAGUAGCAGCAGCAGAGAUCACUACCUCAAACACCUCAAUAAAAUUUCUCACAAGAUCUCUAAACCCAUCAUCAGAAGACCUACUAUUGAUCAUCCCAAUCACCAUCAAUAUCACCACCCACCUCCACAGCCACAGCCUCAGCCUCAGCCUCAGUCUCAGCCUCAGCCACAGCAGCAGGGUCUGCAGCAGCAGCAGCAGCAACAGCAUCAGCCGCCGGUUUACAACAUCAAUAAGAAUGAUUUCAGGGAUGUUGUUCAGAAGCUCACCGGGUCUCCCGCUCACGAGCGCUUCUCUACACCCCCACCCAUACAGCCACCUAAACCCCAAAGCUCUCGCCUUCAACGAAUCCGUCCCCCCCCUCUGGCCCAUGUUAGCAACCGCCCUCCUCUCGUUCAAGUUAGCAACCGCCCCCCUCACAUGCUCAAUAGCGCUGUUCCCCCACCACCCGCCUCCACCCUAAACCCUAACAACCCAAUCAACAAUUCCGUCGGCACCUUCGCCGUCCCUGGAUGCACUUUCGGCAACAACGGACGACAGGUCUCGCCUCUAUCGCCUCUACCCCCAUUCCCAGCUGUCCAUGCGGCUGCAGAAUCGCCGAUCUCCGCCUACAUGAGGUUAUUUCAAACCGCCGAUUCCGAUCCAAAACGCUUACCAGGAUUUUCACCUUUAGCUCCAUUGGUGUCGCCGCGUUGGACCAAUCCCGCACCACCGCCGCAUCAAACGGGAAUACCGCCUCCGCCUACCUCGACAAUGACAUCGAAUUCGUCACAGUUCGGGAUGCCCUCAUCACCACUGCCUUUUGGGUGCUUGCCAUCACCAAGGUCACCGUACCCUCUACUUUCCCCAAGUUUACUGUUUUCGCCCUCGGCAGGUCAAUUGGGGUUUCCGCAGUUCCCUCUCUCGCCAAGGUUGCCUGUGCCAAGCCCUAGAUGGAGAGAUAUUUGAGCAGGUAAAAGCCUUAUACACCAAACGUCUUCGUUUCAGGGCUUACUCUUAUUUGGGGAUUUUCAUACUUAUCUGUAUAUUUGAGUGGCUGUUGGAGUUAAAAGAGAUCUAACACCAGUUAAUUAGAGUUUGUUCUGUAAAUGGAUGUCAAAAGAAUUGACCAAAAAAAAAAAACAAUUAGUAUUUUCUUGAACAUUGGGGGGGAAAGAUAGUGAAAUGUUUAAUGUUUUGAAUUUUAGGGAAUGAUGUUGUUAUUAUUUAUCAAUUACUUGUGCAAA